AAAAUAGCUAAAACGGGGUCUCUCUGUUGUGUGGCUGCAAGGCCACAUGAGUCACAUACGGCCAGUAGGGACUGGUCCGUUGGACCAGACGAGCCUUGUUGGCGAACUAAUACGAGCUUCUCACCACCUCCUUCGAGAUGGGAUUUUCAAUUCCAAACUGAAGAACUUCAGUAUGGUUUGCAUGAUGGUGUUCAACUGUAUGGGUCUUCUACUUCAUCAAACAGUAGAGGAAGCAGGGGCAGGGUGAGAGGCAAUCAUCUUUAUAAUCAUCACCACUCUGCAUCUGAUGGUGCUGGGCUGUUUUUAAGUAGUCCAUCUGACCAUUCUCAAGGUCCUCAGUGGACACCUCCAGCAAUACAGGAAAUCAGUAUUGAUGAUUAUGAAACUACAAAAAGGAGAGGUCCAGCUUUUGGGAAGUCAUCUUUUAGACCUACCAUGGAGGGAACCUCUGAAAUUCAAGAUCUUAGGGGGUCCACCUCAUCUCAUUCAGACAGUAGUGAAUCCGAACCCACGGUCAAGGCAUCCCUAUCUUCUCAUCAUACUUUUGCAAGUCGACGUUCCUUCAUGUCCAAACCUAUAUAUCCCUUGUCAGUUCCUUCACAGACUCUUCCCAGAGAGGCUUCCGACUUCACUAUUGCCGAGUCUCCCUCAUUUGAUGCAGCCACUCCCCAGAUAGAUGACCACCGCUGGAGCAGUGCCAGCAGCAGCGUUGAUUUUACAGAUGUUUCUGGGUCAUUUGAGGCAGAAAUUUCUGGUCGACACUUUAGCAAUAUGUCUGAAGGGUUUAGAUGUGGCUUGUGUGAUAGGUUUCUUUCACAGAGAUCACCUUGGAGUUCUCGUCGCAUAGUCAGAAGUGGAGAUAUGCCAAUUACCGGGGUUCUUUCUUGUUAUCAUGUUUUCCAUGCAGAGUGCUUGGACCAAACAACACCCAAAACGUGCAAAAGUGACCCUCCCUGCCCCUUAUGUGCUCGACUUGAGGAGGAAAAUCUCUCUGAACAGCAAAGCUUUUCUAGAUUGCGAGCUAGUUUUUCAAGACUUAGACCAAUUAGUGAUGAUGGACCAUCCAGGCCUUGGGGUUGCACUCAGGUGGGAGAUUGUGUCGAAGGGGCUUUGCAUGCUCCCCCACGCAAUAGUAUGCUGUUGCUCAAUAGGAGUCGCAUAAAGAAAAAUCUUUCUUUGAAAGGCAAUUCGAGUAAAGAAUUUCCUGGUAAAUUGAGAAAAAGCAUCAGUUACUCUACACAACAUUUGAGGGGAAAAUCAGUUGAUCAGGGAGUAGUUGGGUGCUCCAAGUCAAAGAUGACAGCAGGGCUGAUUAUUAAGAGCUGAAGCAACUUUUCUGCUGAUGCUAUUUCUGAUUUUCUGUUACCUUGAAGUCUCGACUAAUUGGUUGCAAGUCUCAGUUUAGUUCCAGUGAAAUUAUUUUAUGGUUGAUUGGAUAACCUAGUCGCCUUGUAUAGAUUUGAUCUUGUGCAAGUUGUUAAAACUUUGAAAUCCUGGUUGGAACUUGAGAAUAGACCAAUGCAUGUCUGCCACUGCAA